UGUAUUCUUGUUUUUGUAUUUAUUACAAAUAAGUACCCAAAAAAACAUGUAAUGAAGUGAAGAAAACAAUGUGAACGUUCUCAGUCUGUCAUUUAUAUCCAUAAAACUCAAAAAACUCGAUUCCAAAAAUCUGCACACUUUCUCUCUCUCUCUCUCUCUCUCUCUCUCUCUCACUCCGUCUCUGCGUGUGCAUGAUCAGCCAUGGCGGCGAAGCUUAUGCAUGCGGUUCAGUACGACAGCUAUGGCGGAGAAGCAGCUGGUUUGAAGCAUGUUGAGGUUCCGAUUCCCGCCCCGAAGAAGAAUGAGGUUUUGCUGAAAUUGGAAGCAGUUAGUCUCAAUCCAGUUGAUUGGAAAAUUCAGAAAGGCGAGCUGCGGCCUCUUUUCCCCAGAAAAUUCCCUCAAAUACCUGUAACUGAUGUGGCCGGAGAGGUUGUAGAAGUUGGACAAGGUGCCAAAAAGUUCAAAGUCGGAGACAAAGUUGUUGUACUGCUCAGCCAUUUCAGUGGAGGAGGACUGGCUGAGUUUGCUGUAACUAAUGAGAGAUUAAUGGUUGCUAGGCCACCUGAAGUUUCAGCUGCCGAAGGCGCAUGCUUACCUGUUGCUGGCCUCACGGCUCACCAAGCUCUCACCCAAUGUGCAGGGAUCAAGCUUGACGGAACAGGUCAAAAUAAGAACAUAUUGAUCACUGCUGCCUCUGGAGGCGUGGGACACUAUGCAGUCCAACUAGCAAAGCUCGGAAAUACUCACGUUACAGCCACAUGUGGAGCGCGUAACAUCGAAUUGGUCAAGAGCUUAGGGGCAGAUGAGGUUCUUGACUACAAGACCGAGGAUGGGGCAGCUCUAAAGAGCCCGUCUGGACGAAAAUAUGAUUUCGUAAUCAAUUGUGCAAAAGGCAUUCCUUGGUCAACUUUUGAGCCUAGUUUGAGUGCAAAAGGGAAGGUUAUAGACAUUGCUCCGACUACGAGUUCUUUCGCUACUUUUGUCGUGAAGAAACUCACCUUCUCAAAGAAGCAGUUGGUGCCACUGCUCAUGAUUCCCAAGGGUGCGAACCUGGAGUUUCUUGUUAGCUUGGUGAAGGAAAAGAAGCUCAAGGCAGUGAUCGACUCGACGCAUUCUCUCAGCAAGGCUGAAGAUGCUUGGAUUAAGAGUAUCGAGGGCCAUGCUACAGGGAAGAUCAUUUUGGAGCUUUAAGGUACCGUUUGGUACGUAAGACGGGACGGAACGGAGUGGAACGAGGUGUUACAUCCUACAUUUGGUGCGCCUAAAACGGGUGGAACGCGUUGUUCCACGGGACGAAUUUUGAAUGAAUUUUCGUUCUGCCUCACCCCUGGAACAACUCGUUCCACAUCCGUGGAACACAAAAUUAUAACCUCUCUGUCUCCUUCUUCUUCCUCCUUGUUUCCAUCCAAGGGCAUCUUUGCUCCUUCUCCGUUCCAUCCCGUCUGUGCACUUGAUGCACUUUUUUGGGGACUGUAAAUUAAAGUUCAAGUACUGCAAUUCAACGAUGUAUAAUACUGUGUUUUGCUCU